UGAAAAUAAAGAUUCCGGAAAUCUUCUAAAAUGUAUUUUGGCAAAUGAUGAACAGUAGACUGUAAUUUUACAUAAUAAUGUUAUAUGAGAAGUACAGCAUGUCCGCUUUAUUGAGAGUCAAACCUGUCCAAUAAAAUUGUCACUUUGAACCAAGAAAGUGUCUGUAAUUCUGUAAUAGCAAGAGUCCGUAAUAGUGGGAGUCAUCUCUAGUCAAACCCCUAUAGCUUUUGCUGGGGUCUGGACUUUGUCUGUAGUGGCGAGCAUCCACAAUAGCAGGGUGUCCCUAAGGCAAGAGUUCACUGUAUAUGGAAUGACAUUUAAUGAAAUAUGGCAUUGUUUACCAUCAUCUCACAUGUACAAAUUUAAUGAAUAUCUUGUAACAAAGAUUCUUUGUACUUUAUUAGAUACCAGGAGAGCUCUCGAUACAAGAAAAUGAGAUAUGAAGAUGACUUUUUACGUUACCUCCAAAACAUUAUGGCAGAUGUGGACAGACGCAUAAGACGGGGACAUGCUCGCUUGAAUCUUAGCCGUGAUCAAGAAGAGAAGGUUUGUAGUCACCAUUAUGUACUGUGUACAAUACAUGCCAUAAUCUUCUAUCUAAAUGGUUGCCUUACUGUAUCUUUAGGCUUGCUUAACAGUAUGUCAAAAUGCAGUUGGUCUAAAUAUGUGGCUGAAAAUUAUUAAAGAAUAUCUUCUAAAAUUUCCUAAAAUUAAUAUCCCCUGAAAAUCACUAAAUACGUGUAUCUCUAUAAUGUUUUAAAAUUGUACAUGUACAGGGUUGUCAUUAAGAGCCGGGGCCGGGGAUUUUCCCCGGCUACUAAGAGAGUGGCCCCCAGCUACUUUUAUUGGAAAAUAGUAGAAAAAUAGAACCAAAAGAAAUCCGUAGACGUUUGAUUCCCCGCCUACUUGUUGUAUUUACCCGGCAACUAGAAAUCUUAGUGACAACCCUGCAUGUAUCUCAUGUUAACUAGUAUAUACCACACUAGAGUUUAAGUUUUGAAUAUCACCAUAAUUUUAUGAACUAACUUAUUAGUACUUAUGUUCCACAAGAGUGAAUAGUGCUUUUUGUGGUGAACCAUGUGCCAUUUACCUGCGAGCAGCUGAAGGAAAGGAAAAAAACAUUUUAGAUUUGAACUGUACCUUUUUUAUUGAUAUACUACUAGACUGUGAAUUCAAAGACAGGCGUGAUUGUUGAUUUUGGUGCCAGACAUUAACAACUGAGGUCACGUGACUUUGUUUGUCAAACCAAGAAGGUGAACUCACAUGGUCACAUUCGUUCCUCAUUGCUGGCUUUGUUGUUCAUGCAUCAGAGUGGUCAGAGUUUUUAUAUAGCGCUAGAAUGCUGAAACCUGAAGAACUUUCAUUGAUUGACUUUCCACGAAGGAAAAUUCAUCUGUUUUGGUUGACAGAGAACAUUAUUAUGGGCAAUUCCACGCGAGACAAUGAAAUUAUGAAUUUUUUUAAAUAAAAUUUUGCGCUAUAAAACUUAUACCAACAGAAAGUUGAGACAAUGGGGUGUUUGAAAUUACUGAGAUCUUGUGCAUCUUGUCCAUGUGCUUAAUGUGAGAAGGCAUGAAAUCCGGAGAAUUUGAGUCUCAUCAUAUUUGGAAUUUUUGGAAGGAAAUUUUAAACAAAGUUUUUACAUCGUAGAAAACAUGACAAUAAACAUUAAAGUAUGUGUGUAUAACCUUUGCCUUACACUACCAUUAGGCCAUAAAUUAUUAUAUCUAGCUACUGGCACUUUCCUAAAAAAUAGAUAUUGAAUUUGUGUUGUGGACAUUACGUAAUGUCUGCAACAUUAAGGUACCUUUUUCAGUUCCUCUACACAGUUCACUGUAUUUUCAUGUGCUAUUGAUGCUGCUCAGUUAAUCUGAUGUAUACAUUAUUUUGAUCUCAAAAUAUUUCCUAGGUCGGCUUUCUCUGCUCAGAAAUUAUAAGUUGAAAAGUGUUGCAGACAUUACGUCGUGGACAUUACGUUGCGGACAUUACACAUUGGCUUGAUAGACUUCAUACAACUUAGAAUCCUCUUUCAGCUUUUUUCUAAAUUUUCUUGACCUUUCAGUGCUUGUCUAGGGUAUUACAAUUGACCUUGUUUACAAUCAUCUACAAUGAAUUUUUAUUUAGAGGAUUGGAAAAGGAGAAAUUGAGUAGCUGGUCAGGGGUUUUGUACUGUUGAGCAUGCCCAGAACUGUUUGUAACUAUGCUUUUUUAGGAAAACAACCGACCAUCAUUGUUUCUUCUGAUUUUCUACUCACACUUCAAUGAAUAUUAAUUUUUAAGUAGAAUUUGUAAUGUAACAAUCUUAAUGUAGUGAACAAUGUGCAAUUUUAGUGCAAAUUUACAUUUUAUCUGUAUUUAAGUCAGACUGAAUGACAAGAAAUGAUAAUUUUAGUUAAGCUAAAUCAGUUUCGGAAAAAACAAAAUGAUCUCCUCACUACUGAGGGUUUUUUUUCUCACAACAUUAUUUUACUUGAGAUGUAAUAUUAAAAUUAAUUUUGAAAUCAUUUUAAGGACUCAGUAUUGCAAAAAAAAUCUGACUGGUAUUGCAUGAUACUAGGUCAGCAGGAGAUUACCGUAAAAACUCGUGUAUAAGCCGCACUCGUGUAUAAGCCGCACCCCCAACUUUCAAGCAUGAUUUUGAAAAAAAAAAAAAAAAACCAAAAAUGCGCUUUUGUAAAAAAGGUGAUCGUUUGUUCGCGCAUCAAAAUGUUCACAAAUAAACUUGAGGAAAUUUAAUGUUGUGUAUUUGCAGUGACAUUUUAAAUAAGUUAAUCAACUCUGAAAAUACCUUUUAAAAGGUUCUCUUUAAUCAAUUUCCCCAUUUCCUGCGAAAGACAACAGUUCUCUUCAUUGCUAAAGCCCACAGUUGAAAUGAAAAUGGAACGAUGGAACGAAAAUAAAGCGCUGGAGAAUGCUACAAAACGAUUGCUUAGUAACCACGCGUUUAUUUGACGAGGGAAGUCUGGACACCAGAUGUUUAUAAAGACGUAUGGAAACCAUCGAUCGGGGAAAAGGUUGCUGCUAAACGAGAGUUUAACAACCCAAUGGACAAACACGCCGUGAAAGUAGUGAAGGAUGACGAAACGGUCGGCCAUUUGCCUCGCGAAUUCUCUCGAAUAGCGUGGUAUUUUCUUGCACGUAGUGGGGAAAUCAGCGUUGAAGUGAUCGGUCGCAGACGACACUGUAAGCAGCUGUGCGGAGGAAUGGAGAUUCCUUGCCAGUUAGAGUUUAACUGCUCAAACAAAGCGCAGAUGAAACGCUUAAAAGAACUACUGGCGAGCAAGAUUCACGUAUAGAACCUGCAGAUGCAAACAAACGGCUCCUUUAGGAGCCACCACUUCUACUGAAAGCAAUGAUCAACGACAGGUUUCAAUGUGUUUAAUCUUUAUUUACUGAAGGUUUUCAGUUCAAUUUGUGCCCCCUACAAGCCAGUUUAGUCCCUUUGAGAGCAAUGGUCUCGUGUAUAAGCCGCACCCGCGAUUUUUGACUCAAAAUUUCGGCAAAAAGGUGCGGCUUAUACACGAGUUUUUACGGUAUAUAAUAUUAUAAUAGAAUAAUAGAACAUAUUAUUUAAUAAAGUAAAUAAUAAUUUCACAGCUUCAUUUUUAGUCAAGUAACUACAGAAAAAAUUGACAUAGCUGCAGUGAGCAACACUUACUAGAAAGUGAAUGAUAAAAAAUGUGUUCCCAAAAAUGUAAUGUCCGCAACAUUUUUGUGUUAUGUCCACAACACAACUUUUGUUUGUAGAAUCAUUGGAACGAGGUUGCAUGGAAUUUUUUUUUGAUGGUUAAAAAAUUUAAUUAUUAUUGCCAUGUUUUGAAGGCACAAUUAUUUUCUGCUCAAGGUUAAAAAUUCACAGGAAAAUAUCUUUAAAGAAAGUUACUUUAAAAAGUGGUUGUUUAAAAAUGUAAUGUCCGAAACACAGUUUCCUCAACUCAUAUCUUCAAAGUUGUGAGAGUUCACUAAAGCAUCUUUUUAUGAGGUACAAAGGGAACACUAAAGUUUCUUUGUAGAUAAUGCUUGAACACCCUUGCUGAAAAUGUUGACGUUUAAAUUGGGGUUUAAAAUGUUAAUUUUAGUAUCUGAAUGUAAUGUCCUCAACAUGGCAUCACCCUUAUGCAUUUUACUUGACUUUGCCUAUCUUUGGCCUACCGAACACUCAGGAAUGUGACCACGUGAGUUCACCUUUUUGGUUUGACAAACAAAGUCACCUGACUCGAAUCAUUAACCUCUGGCACCAAAAUCAGCUGUCACAAGUAUCUCUGAAUUCAUGGUCUACCUGUUUCGGUAGGAAGUUUAUUGCUUGUCACUCAAACCCUAGUAGUAAUGUGCAUGUAAGCUGCACUCUUUUUCUACAUCUAUUUGUUUUUCCACAGGAACUUGCAAGUGGUAAACCAGACAGUGAAAAAGUUAAAAUGCUUACAGAAAAGAUCAAUGCAUUGUUAGAGCAGGUUAGAGAAUACAAAAUUUUUAAUAUACAUGUACAACAAUAAAAUGUAUUUUAAGAUUACAAAUAAUUUUGUGAAGGUUGAAUCCUUUUUCACUGUUGCUAAGUGUGGUUGUUUAUUUUAUCAUCAUCAUUGUCAUCACACUGGUCAUGCUAGUUGGUACAUGCACAUUAGGCCAUGAAAUUCCCCCUUCAGGUUUUUCUACAUCUUUCUGUGAUUGAACACCUGUUGUGUGUUACUAAAAUAAUAAUAUAUUAUUGUAUGUUUCCUUGUUGUACAUGCAUGUACAUGUGAUUUUCAGUUUCGUGGUUCUUCCAGUGUCACAGGUAACUACCUGCAUGCCCUUUGGCAGAAAACUGAUUAUUUAUGUCAUAAAUAAUUUGUUUUCACAUUGAAGGUUGAGCAACUGGGCUGUGAAGGAAAAGUAGAAGAAGCCCAGGGAGUUAUGAAAUUGUGUGAUCAGCUCAAAAGUGAACGGGAAAUGCUACAGCUGGUAAGAAGAAUACAUAAUUAUCAUAAUCUUUUGCAGUUGUUAGUUAGGAGUUGUUUAAAUCCCAUUUCAGUAUUUCAAGCUGCCAAUAUUGUGUUCCCUGACGCUGUGGUGAGUAGGAAAAAUUUUGGCAGCUAAAAUUGCAGUCAGGGUGGUCAUUAAGAGCCGGGGGCUGGGGAUUUUCCCCGGCUACUAAGGGAGUGGCCCCCGGCUACUUUUGUUGGAAAAUAGAAGAAAAAUAGAACCAAAAGAAAUCCCUAGCCAUUUGAUUCCCCGCCUACUUGUUGUAUUUACCCGGCAACUUGAAAUCUUAGUGACAACCCUGGCAGUGAAAGUUGCCAGUUUGGCAAUUUAUUUUCUGCAGUAAGGUGUUAAGCAGCGGUGUCUUCCUUAGUUCUUAUUUAUCAUUGGGUCUCUUUAGGCUGUGUUCACGCUAUAGCUUUUUGUGCUGACAGGGAAAGCCAUCCAGUAUAGUGUGAACAGAGUCCUCACCAGACUACGCGAUUGCGGGAUUCACUGACUUUUUAGCGAAAUGGCGCACUCAAAAAGUCCUUGGUCCCUCAGGGCGCAAAACUGUAGUAAAAUAAUAAGCUUACUUCUGUUGUAAAUAGGCAAUCCAAUUUUUUCCUGCUCUGUGCAGGACUAUGAGUUUGUUUAAAAUAUUGGCAAUUGUUGUUAUCUAGAGUACGACUACAAUACAUGGAACAAUAAAUUAUUCAGUUAACCAUUCUUUGGUUUAAAUAGCCCAGAUACUUCAAGGCCUGGGGUCUUUUGGUCACAAAUCACAAAAUUCUGGUGAGAACACCAUAUGAAAACCUAUCCGAUAGGUGACUCUCCACUUUAGAGAUCUGCAUGGCGCAGCCCUGCUCCGUUACAGAAAUUGUCCUGAAAUCAUUGUUCUUUUGUGUGAGAAGCCCCAUCUAUUAUAGUUUUCUUGCUGGCCUAAAUUAAGUGGGUUCAUGAAACAUUUUCAUGACGUUUACUGUAUGCUCCAUUAUUUUAUUUUUAAUUCACCUCUUUCACCCUGGCUGUCUGGAUAUUAAGCCUUGAGAUGUCAUGUGCACCUCCAAAUUAAUUUUGACUGAAACAGUUUGGUAGCAAUUUUUGAAAUUUCUUUCCAUCCACUCAUGAAAUGUUGUUCUAAGUGUCUUUUUUUUUCUGCUGACCAAUACUUAGUUUAUUUUUAGGUUGUCAAAAGGUUUCUCUGAUUGUACAUUGUAGUUCUGCUUGGAGCACUACAUGUAAUAUUGUGGAGAAUUUCUCUGAGCUACAUGCGUAGGCAUUUUCCACACCUGCUCUAACUUUCUGCCUUUAAAGGGGUAUACCCUCUUGAGAAUUCUCUAACAGAGAAGUAGGUAAAAUAAAAAGGAUAAUACGAAAAUGAGUUAUAUUUGAAUGAGAAUAAUUUUUUCAUAAAUUAUGUUGUUUUCAAAUCAAAGACUUUGCAUUCUUUCCUUGCUUUCAAAAACAAGGCCUGGUUAUUAAGUAGAACAUUACCUACAGUGUUUAAAGUCUCCCACAUUGUUCAACUCCUUUUUCAAAUUCAUUCAGUUGAAAAAAAUCUUGUCAGAUGCUUUAAGCCAACAAACAGCUGCCUACAUGAUCUACAAUGUACUUUGCUCAUGAAUGUUUGUGUAACUCCCCCUACCCCCAACAUCAAAUGUUUGGUGGCAAAACAUGUCAUGUUUUCACCCAACUAGAACACGUCUUCUGGUGAUGUGUACCUCAGGGUACACAGAAAGCUGUGUCUGAUAGCCCAGGGCUGGUGGAUUUUGCUAUUGGGCUGGUGGAUUCGUGAAGUUGUUGUGGCACUUCAAAUGACAGAAAUCGUGUAAAUUAAAGGAUAAAUCUAUGUGAAUCAAAAUCUCCCUGCUAUUAUCCAAUCUAUCUGAGAAAGUCAAAUUAUCACAGUAAUUAUCACAAUGAAUUAAUACUGCAAGUAUUAAUUAACUAAUAGUUUCGGGCCAGUUAAAUAACUCUUGGGCUAGGACAUGCUAGGUGUAAAACUGACUUUCUUUGCACCCUGGUACAUGCCUAGAUGCAACCGACGGAAUUCCCUAAGUUAAGGUUUAGUCUUGGAAAUUUUUCCCAACAGCAUUUGCUUUCAUUGGUUACUUUUAGGUCUCAUGACAUCUAACAAUGAAACUGUUUCCCGCCAAAAUCUCUGAGUGGGGAACAUUUCAAAAUCUAUUGUAGCUUCAAAAUUUUCCAGCUAUAUAACAAAUUUAAUACUACUUAAAGAUUGGUCCCGAGGGAAACAGUUAAUUUUGUUUCCCGGGAAUCUCCAUGUUUCUCGAGGCAGAGCCGAGGGAAACAUUGAGUUUCUUGGGAAACAAAAUUUACUGUUUCCCUCGUUACCAGUGUUUAAGUGUUUAUAAUGAUAGACUCAUGGGAAACCUUUAACUUUUUAUGUGAUCUUACUAUUGCAGCAAUCCCGUGAUCUUAACUUGAUGACUGCACAAGAGAAACAGAUGGAAGUUUGUGAAGUGUGUGGAGCUUUUCUUAUCAUUGGUGAUGCACAAACACGAGUGGACGAUCAUCUUCAGGGAAAACAACAUAUGGGUUAUGCGAAGAUCAAGAGCACAAUUGAGGAGCUCAAAGUAAGGGCUGUGUGGAAUGUUAAUUUUAAAAAAUUGUUUUAUUAAAGUACUGAAAAAUAAAUAAUAUCAUUUUAAAGUACUGCAGCUGAGGAGGCUUCAUUUGAAUGGCAGCAGCAAAGAAUUUCCUCUACAGACUAGAUUUACUACCACCUUGUACAGCAUAAUACAUGUAAACAAUUCCAGAGUAGAAAAUUUUCAUCCACAGACUCAAAAGUUAGACCUGCCUUGUACAGUGUACUAAUACCAGAGGAAAGUACUGCGUAGUAAUUUUCUUUUGAACGAUUGGACUUAAGGAUUUCACACAGGAAAGUACUGCUCAGUAGUAGCUUUCAUUUCUUGGUUACUCCAUACGAUUUCGUCCAUGACUAGAGAACAUUGCAUGUCUUAGAAUAAGGCGUUUUUAUAGGGGAGUUCCGCGCGCGUGACCGCAGCCCCAUACCUAAGAAAGUUGCUAAUCUAUCCAUCCGACAAAAUUUGGUAAUCACUUGACCGUAGUCCUGGGCCCCCCUAAAGUUAAGUAUAGUUUUGUGGAUUUCUUUGCAUUUCAAGUCCAUUGUCAGAAGUAAAUGUGAAAUGCAUUAACGGCAGCUUCGCUUUUAUCUCUGGCUAAAUCCAUGUGUUACAUUUAUUGUAAAUUUAAACUUAAAACAAAGGGAGCUAAAGCUGGAACAAGGUUACAAUCGAUCCUCAGCAUAUGCCCUUUUUGGUGGCAGAUUUUCAACUGGACAUGUUUCUUAGCUUUGACUUUAAUUUCUUUUUUUAGAAAGCAAGAGAUCAGCCAUCCCAGCGUAGUGAAGAAAAGCCUAAAGACAAGGAGGAGGGUGGUGAUCAAGAUCGUGAAAAAAGACCUGACAGAGAUCGAGAGCGCAGCCGCGACCGUGACCGUGAUCGCAGGAGAGACCGUGACAAGGACCGUGAUAAGGACCGUGACAGAGAUCGUGACCGCGAUAGGGACCGUGACCGAAGGAGGGACCGGGAUCGAGACAGGGAGCGUGAUCGUGAUAAGGAUCGGGAUCGUGAAAGGGAUCGGAAUCGUGACAGAGAUCGUGAUCGUAAGCGUGAUCGUGACAGGGAUCGUGACCGUGAUCGUGACAAGUACCGUGAUAGGAGUCGUGACCGGAGCCGUGAACGGGAUCGCGAUCGUGAUCGUGAUCGUGAUAGAGACCGUCGGCGUGACAAGGAUCGCGAUCGAGAUCGCGACCGGGAUCGUGAAAGGUCGAAGGAGAAGGAAAGGCGACGCGACAAGGAUGAGAAAGAUGACAAGCGCGAGAAAGACAGAGAUGAUGCAAAGGACGAAGAGAAGCAGACAAGCAAAGACGAUGGAGAGGAAAGGAAAAGAGAGGCUCCUGACGAGGAAAUGGCUGAUAAAAGGGACGGCUCGGCUGAUAAGGAGGAAAAAGAUAAGUCCAGAUCCCGCAGUAGGUGAGUGCAGUAUUGACUCGUGGGGUGGGUAGUACGGGAAUUAUUGGACUCGUCAGGAAGUCAUUAUAUUUGAAGGUGUGUAGGUUUCUUUAAGUAAGGUUUUAGUAACGAAAUUGUUGUUGGUUGAUUCUUGGGGAAAGUAAUUAUCUCACUGUGAGCAUACAAUGAGCUGUGUUUGCAAUCAGCGCACUGCAAGACAUCCUGGAGCCUGCCGCUAACAGAUUAUCAGUGCUUUGAAAGAUACUUCAGAGCGGAACAGAGCAAAUCAAGGUACCUCAUUCUGUUUUGAAUUCAAUUGUACUUUGAAUCUGUUAAAUUCAUUAUUUUAUGCAAAGCCACGUCAACAGACGCACGAGCCGGGCAAAGAGUUCCUUAUAGCUGGAAACUUAAACAAGGUACACUUAAAAAAUUGUUUUCUUUGAUUUUUGUAUUAAAUUUGUCUCAAUCAAGAUGAUAUUUGCUAAUCCGUCUCGUAGGCAAAUUCAAGGUAAUCUUUCUGAUUUUGAAAUAUAAUAACAGUUAAGAAUUGUUAGUCGCUUUUGUUUCCUACUCGAGCGAUAUCAAAAUGCAACGUUGGCGGCCUAGAUCCUGUUCACAAAGCUGUUGUUCCUUUGCUCAAGUCGACUUGGCAUCGAAACAAAACUUUCUUUGUCUGUAAGUCAAAAACGUUUCGAUUCACCAAGAAAUGAGGAUUCUGCGCAGUAGCACCAGUACGCACCGGAAGUCAGACUAGCGUGUACAGCGGAAGUCAGCGUGCACCGGAAGUGAAGGUACCCAGUCAUUUCUGUGUCGAUUUUGGUCAGGCUUCAGUUGAUCGUAUUAAACCCACUUACGUUUACAGUGAGUUUUCAGUUAAUAUCUGGUUAUCAAGGAGAUCAAUCGGUUCAUUGGCUCUUCUCUGCUACGGAACAGCCAGACAAGUAACCGGCUUAACGUGCGACUAAAAAGCCGUCAUCUUGUAAGAGGUAUUCACUCAGGUAUUUGAGAUCAUGAUGUAUAGUGGCUAGGAUCAUCAACCUCAUUUGUUUGGUUGUGUGAGGGCCUGAGGAGUAAAUGUCUCCUCGUUCCAUAUGCCAUGCGUUUUUAUCAGCUGUAAACGUCCAUGUGUUUGAAUCCAGCAUUGCAGGCGUGUGAACGCUGAGUAGUUCGUAUUUAUAGCCGCCAUCUUUGAUUUUGCAAGCAUAGUCAUAUUAGGGGUGAUCAGUAAAACUGGGAUCAGUUGAUUAGGCACAUAGAAGCCCAAAACCGCGGCGAAAUGUGAGGGUGGGGAAGGGGAAAAAAUUAUUCUCGUGUUUCCAUUAUGUCUAUCUCUGCCUCCUUUACUCGGAUUCAUUGUAGUGGUUGUGCUACCCAGACUCCGGAGAAACGCCUGCAAUGCAAGCUAAUGUGAUGGUUCUUUGGUAAUCUUUGAUCGUGAUUCAUUAGCAGUUUAUUACUUUGUGUAUGCAUUUAUUAUAUGCUACUAGCUGUAAUUCCUCCAGAGAUUGCUCCUCCUUCGCCUUAUGAUAAAUUUGAAAUAAGUGUUUCCCCUCAACUGAAUAUUUUCAUCCCUUUUUUUGUCUAUCCAUCAACUAAACUUUUCUUUUGGCGUUAAAGCAGGCUAAUAACUUAGAACGACAGCAGUUUAAAGCGGUUUUUAAAUGUUUUUCUUUUGAAUUUGAUCAUUCAAAUGAUCAAUGUUAAUAAAUUGCAGCUCGUGGUUUUUCAUACUGAGAGAUUUUAUCCACACAUCCAAACGCUGCUGAGAGCUUAAGCUAAAACUUUCACAGUUGUAAAAAUUUUGGCAGUUCUUCAUUCAAGGAUAGUCUUAAGAUUGGAAAAGUCAGCUCAUUAAUUAGAAAACUUGGAUGGCUCACCUGUGCUUUAAACUAUACACAUGAAGUUACGAAAAAGAAGUAUCCUUAUCAUUAUAUCCUUCUCUCGUGUCGUGUGGCUUGUAAUAACUGAAAAGAGGAUAAUAUUCUUUUAGUAUUAUAACGCACACCCCCUGCCCUCCCCUCCCGGUGUAUAGUAUAUAUUGCGGCCAUAGUGCGCGCUAAUGGUAAUCUAGACACCUCAUUCCUCAUAUGUCAUUCACAGGUCACGUGAGAAAGAUGAAGAACGCGACAAAACGGCGACUUCUUCCCCCAAGAGCCGUUCUCGAUCCAGCUCUCCUGUGUAAUCUGGACGGACAUCGAAACGCGGACCAGAAGAGAGAAGAAACUCAAGAUCUCGUUUCUUUAAAAGUUUUCAUUUCAAGUAGGUUAGUUUCAGAACUUAGAUAAUACUCCUCUGUUUCUCGAAAAAGCUCGCAAGUUGCGUCUUCAUUAUUUUGAAGACCAUGUAAUUGUACUUAUUACUUCUAGUUUCAUGUUCAUACGUAGAAUCAAGUUGGAGUCCGUAGAGUGGUUUUAAAUUGGGUGACGUAAUUCGGCCAGUCAUAGCACUAGCUCCCAGUCAAAUGAACCAAUCACGUUUCGAAGCAAACCAAUGAAGCGGAGGCCAAGCGCGGGAGAAUUCUUUUGAGCUACUCGGGUUUGAUUAUGAUUAAGCUUUUGAUUGGUUGACAAAUUAG